AUGGCUAAAGACGAAGUAGAUACUGAGGCAGGCCUUGGGGCUAUUCGCCACUCAAUUGACCAAAAGAGCCUCGAGACUUAUCUCACUAAAAACUUCCCCGCAGAAUUUGUCGCACCUUUUACCCUCCAGCAAUUUGGCUUUGGCCAGUCCAACCCAUCUUACCAAGUGAAAGAUGCGUUAGGUCGCAAGUACGUCCUUCGCAAAAAGCCUCCUGGAAAGCUUGUCUCAAAGACUGCACAUGCCGUCGAUCGCGAGUACGCCAUGCUUAAGGCUCUUUAUGAAAUUUUUAAUGGCGAUAUCCCCGUCCCUCGAGUCAUUUGUCUUUGCCAAGAUCCAGACGUUAUCGGAUCUGACUUUUAUAUGAUGGAGUUUGUCAAGGGUCGCAUUUUCCACUACCCAACUCUUCCAGAUCUUUCUCCAAAAGACCGUCGCGAAUGCUGGCAGUCUGCUGUUAAAACCUUGGCUAAGCUCCAUAGUGUUGAUCCCCGAAAGCUUCCACCCAUCUUUACAAAACGUCUUGAAAGCCAUUACCCCCGCCAACUUGGAAGUCUAAGUGCUGUCGCUAAGGCCCAGGCUGCUGUUACUGAUAUUGAUACUGGCAAAACGGUAGGACCUAUUCCACAGUUUGAAGAAAUUGUCAAAUGGAUGGCCCAGCACAUGCCUAAAGAACGCGUUACCAUUGUUCAUGGAGACUACAAAAUUGAUAAUUUAAUUUUCCAUCCUACCGAAAACAAAGUCAUUGCUAUUCUUGACUGGGAAUUGUGCACUGUUGGACACCCCCUUGCAGAUCUCGGGAACCUUAUGCAACCCUUUUCGUGGCCUGAAUCACUUUUUGGUGAGGGCUUUGGUCUUCAAGACACAGCUGCCCCUUUGCCACAAGGUCUUCCUACUGUUCAAGAAAAUCUUGAGCUUUAUACCAGUUUGACAGGAUACGAUGCCAGCAAGGAUUGGACAUUUGCCAUCGUUUCGGCACAUUUUAGACUUUCUGUGAUUGCCCAUGGUAUCAAGGCCCGUGUUGCAAGAAAACAAGCCUCUAGUGAAAAUGCAGCAAAGCAUGCUGAAAGUGUUGGUACUCUUGCACGACUUGCUAUUGAAGAAAUUGAAAAAACAGAAAAGAAGUCAAAAAUUUAA